AUGAGACUUGCACAAGUCACAGCCUCCGCGGCGCUUUUUGCUGGCGUCGUCUUUGCACGACAGGACGCCUGCUCAAUCGAACUUCUUAACGUCAACCAAGCCGUCGUCGACACCAAGUGCAUUCCCUUCGACACCACCACAGCAAUGAAGGACCCAACAGGACCUGGCGGCGGUCAGCUAUACAAGGUCCACGUCAACAACCUCUGCGGAAUCGGGCUGGAUGAUGGCCAAGAGCUGGCGAACGGAGCUUCGUUGAGAAAGAGCCAGCCAGGCGGCGCCAAGCCCGUCUACGGCAAAACGUUGGCAGGCAAGAUCCUUUGGCUGCCCAAAAAGGAGGAGAUCAGCCCUUCACUUGACACCGAUCUGUCACCCGGGGUCUACAAUCACCCAGUGUUGAUUUUGUCCCAUGAGCCUCGCGACGAUGGCACUGUGAGAGCUCUAACUAUGACUUCGGCCAACGGUAGAAACAUCACGGAGGACAUGGGCUUUCAUUGGAAGUUUCGUGAGAAGUACCUACCCGUCGCCCCGACGCCUCCCCACGCAGACUCGGGCCUACAGCUCCAUUUGGCGGGACCUAUCCCAAGCAAGAAAGCCUACAGACCGGCAUACGUGAUGUUACAAGGAGGACCUUACACAAUUCACCGCGACGUGCUGAGAGCACAUCAAGGCAACAGUCUUAGUUCGAAGUCGUUCGGUAUCCUCGUCACUGAGAUGGGCUACACCGAGGAAGACGAUUACUUGAGGGAGCAGCGGGCUAUCGAGAGAAGGAAGCGGAAGAUCGAGAAAGAUGAAUUGAAGGAGAAGCGCAGGGCCCUCUGGGACCAGAGAGAGGCAGGGCGCCAGGAGAAGAAGGAGCAACGACAGGUGGCCAAGAAGGAGAAGGCCGACGAGCGGAUGGCCAGGAAGAUUCAACGGAUGGCAGUUAAGGAGAGGGACAUGGCUAAGGUGAACACCAUGCUGGACAAGGGCUUCUUCUGUCUGAUGGCCGGCAUUUUGGUGGCCAUUCUUUGCUUGGAGGCCCUGUUUUGGUAUGGCUUUUGGUUGGCUUUCGGGUUUUGGUAG